GUCCUUUUCUGACCAAUGGGGGCUCUGCAGGUGCUGGGGCAGUUCCCUCUGAGGGUAUAAACCCGGACUGCAGGUGAAGUGGUCUCAUCAACAGGAUCACUCAGCAGCCAUGAGGUCUCUGGUCUUCGUUCUGCUCAUUGGAGCCGCCUUCGCCCUCGAUGACGACAAGAUCGUCGGAGGGUACGAGUGCACCCCCUACUCCCAGCCCCAUCAGGUGUCUCUGAACGUUGGCUACCACUUCUGCGGCGGCUCUCUGGUCAACAGCGAAUGGGUUGUGUCUGCUGCUCACUGCUACCAGUCCCGUUUGCAGGUGCGUCUGGGAGAGCACCACAUCCGGAUCAACGAGGGAUCUGAGCAGUUCAUCGACUCCUCCCGUGUCAUCCGUCACCCC